AUGGCGGACCACGCGGUGUUGCACAGCGGUAUUCAUCCUGUUUUACGAUCAUGGAACUCGGCAAAUAUCCACAUAACUCCAGAAAAUCUUAUGUUUCCUCUUUUUAUUGUUGAUGAAGACGAUGCUGUACAGGAGAUCAAAAGCAUGCCUGGCAUUAGACGAUAUGGAAUAAAUCGUUUGAAGGAAGCGGUUGCACCACUGAUUGCCAAGGGUCUUAAAUCAGUGCUUAUCUUUGGAGUUCCAGGCAAAGUAGAGAAAGAUGGCAAAGGUUCAGCAGCAGAUGAUGAAGAUGGUCCUGUAAUUAAGUCUGUGAAAAAGCUGCAUGAAUGGUUCCCAGGUCUUCUAAUAGCCUGUGAUGUGUGCUUAUGCCCAUACACAGAUCAUGGUCACUGUGGAAUAUUGCGGGAAAAUGGCACCAUUGACAAUGAAGCAAGUAUCCAACGAUUGGCAGAAGUAGCUGUUGCAUAUGCCAAAGCAGGUUGUCAAGUCAUUGCACCCUCGGACAUGAUGGAUGGACGCAUUGGUGCUAUCAAAAAAGCUCUGUUCAAGAAUGACAUGGGAAACACUGUGUCUGUAAUGAGUUACAGUGCCAAGUUUGCCUCUUCUUUCUAUGGUCCUUUUCGCGAUGCUGCAAAAAGUGCACCAGCUUUUGGUGAUCGCCGAUGCUAUCAGCUCCCUCCAGGUUCCAUUGGCUUGGCUGAAAGAGCAGUGGAUCGCGAUGUGGCUGAGGGAGCAGACUUCUUAAUGGUGAAGCCAGGCAUUGCAUAUCUGGAUGUUGUGAGAUUGAUUAAACAAAAGUAUCCAACUCAUCCCCUUGCCAUCUACCAUGUGUCAGGAGAAUAUGCAAUGCUGUAUCAUGCUGCUGCAGCUGGAGCAUUUCAGCUGAAGGCUGCAGUAAUGGAAUCCCUUUAUAGCAUGCGCAGAGCAGGGGUGGAUAUCCUCAUCACGUACUUUACACCCGAAGUCCUGGACUGGUUGUGCGAAGAGCAGUCAUAAAUGAUGAAAUGCUCAUAGUUUAGAGAAGAAAAUGAAUGCUGCUGAAGAUAACAUCUGUCAAGAGCUUACAAGAAGAGUUUAUCUCCAUUCAGAAGCACUACUGUGGUUUUUUAAAGUAAAGAGAAAUACACUGAUGCACAAGAAGCCCUUGCACUUUUUCUGAUUAUGCCAUGCUUAUAUAAAAUACUGCAGCUACAACUUAGUAGAUGAUAGGGGUAUGAUGGUCAGCUAGUGAUUUUUUUAUACGAAUGUGUGCUAUAAAUAUACAUCUGAUAAUCAUGGUAUUUUCUAUUCAUGUUAACAGAGUGUAUACUAGUUCCUUGUUGUGCCACAGCUAUAGAGCUGUUGUGAUAUUUAAUAAACUACCAACAAGCUUCAAGCAUUACAGAUGAAGGGUCUGUAGGAAUAAAUGUGACAAUGUCUCAGGUUGAUGUAUGAAAUAACAAAAUACCCAAAUAAGUAUUAUGUAGAACUACAAUGGAAUUAGUUACUUAGAUGUUAAUCUGUGGUGUGGAGGACUUGGCCUGCUGAACACUGACAUUUUGUCAUCACUUUCUGUUAUUUGUAAAGCGCCUUGAGCUAUACUUCCGAACAUUAUUAUUAAUCUAGAAAUUUCAUUUAAGUGGGUGGUGGGAGAAGACAAACAUGUAUUAUCUAUAUUGUAUUUUAGUUAUGUAUCAGUAGAAUGGGAAAGGUGUAAUUAUUUUACACAAUGUGUAUCUUUUUUAUCCAAAACUAAAGUUUUUUCAUUCCUAGACUAUGAAGAAUGCAUUCAUAAACAUUAGGUACAUAAAACACUUUACAACUUGCCUAUUCUAGUAUAAGAUUGUUAGAUAAUGAAAUUUAAAAAAAAACAAUCAGGUGUAGCUCUGGAGAGAAUGUAUUAUGGUUAGAUGGACUGAUAUACAAUUGCAUCUCAUGCAAAUAUUAGAAUCCUACAUAAACAUUGACAUAUUAGUCAAGCAAGUUUAAUUCUCCAUGGGAUAUAACAAGAUAUGUUUAUGUAAUCCCGCGGUUCUCAACCUGUGCAGACAAGGGGGGCAUGAAUGUGGUCAUUUUUUUGAAAGUUUCUUAUAUCUUAUAUCAAUAUUAGGGAAAUUAGCUGGCUAAGGGGGUCACGUGGACGUACCUUUUUUCGGCUUGGUGGGGGGGGCGCGUCAUAAGUAAAAGGUUGAGAAACACAGAUGUAAUCCAUCACCUGGAUUGAUAUGUGAAUUAUGCUGUAUACAGUUAACUAAUAAAGGAAGUGAUUUCCAACUGUAGUCUGGACUGGGAUACUUUUAUGAUGAAAGGGUUAGCUUCUACAACAUGUAAUGAGUGCCUCAUUAAACAUUUACUACAUAGUUAACUGCAUGAAAUGAGCGCAGUCUAUUUUCUUGAUGCUUUAUUCUGUACAAGUGGUAAUGUGGAUUAAUUAAGUUUACUUCAAAUACUUGGUACAUUGUUAUUAAUUUGUUGAGAAUUUUCACAAUAUAACUAAUAAAUAUGCUUAUUUUGUCUAUUGACGAAAAUUCUUUCUAUAUUGAUAUAGAAUUUUAUAAGUGGUUUAUUGCUGAUUAAUAAGUGACAGAACCUAUUUUAAUUUUACAGACUUAUGACAACAAAUAAAUGAUACUGAUCUUGAUGCAGGCUUAUCAUAUUUUUUAUUAUCAUUUGGCAUUGUUACUUUUAUCAUUCAUUUUUAAGUAGUUGUUUUUCAAAGCUGAUUUAAGAAAGAACAACUAGGUCAACCUGAUCGUUCUUAGAUAUUAUAUAUAAACAUAUUUCAUAUACAAAUGUCUUUCACAUCUGUGUUCAGAUCUGAUUUUGUUGAUGCUAAAAGACAGUAAAUUUUUGUCCAAAAAAA